GUUUUUGAAUUUUUUAUCUCUUUGAUUCAAUCUCAAAUGCCUCAACAUCGCAAGGUCACCAUCAUUGGCUCAGGUCCUUCCGGCCACACUGCCGCCAUCUAUCUUGCUCGUGCUAACCUUGAGCCCAUCUUGUUCGAGGGCAUGAUGGCCAAUGGUUUCGCCCCUGGUGGUCAGCUAACCACCACCACCGAUGUCGAAAACUACCCUGGAUUCCCAGAAGGUGUGAUGGGUGGUGAAUUGAUGGACAAGCUCCGUGAACAAUCUGAACGUUUCGGAACUGAGAUCGUCACCGAAACCAUUACCAAGCUCGAUCUGUCUGUUCGUCCCUUCAAGAUCUGGCGUGAAGGCAGUGAGGACGACGCUGAGCCUACUGACACUACUGAUGCUGUUAUUAUCGCCACUGGUGCCUCUGCUAGACGUAUGCACUUGCCUGGUGAAGAGACAUACUGGCAAAAUGGUAUCUCUGCCUGUGCUGUCUGCGACGGUGCCGUCCCCAUUUUCCGCAACAAGCCUUUGGCCGUUAUCGGUGGUGGCGACUCUGCUGCUGAAGAGUCCAUCUACCUUACAAAAUAUGCUUCCCAUGUUUAUGUUUUGGUCCGCCGCGAUAAGCUUCGUGCUUCCAAGGUCAUGGCUGCUCGCCUCUUGAAGCACCCCAAGGUCACUGUUCUGUUCAACACUUCCGCCACCGCCACCCAUGGUGAUGGAUCUUUGUUGAAGGAGCUUACCAUCAAGAACACUAUCACUAACGAAGAAUCCAAGUUGCCUGUCAACGGUCUGUUCUAUGCUAUUGGUCAUGAUCCCGCCACUUCUCUCGUCAAGGGCCAAGUUAACCUUGAUGAUGAGGGUUACAUUGUCACCGUCCCUGGUAGCACUGAAACCAAUAUUCCCGGUGUCUUUGCUGCUGGUGAUGUUCAGGACAAGAAAUACAGACAGGCCAUUACCAGUGCCGGUACUGGCUGUAUGGCUGCUUUGGAUGCUGAAAGAUAUAUCACUGAGCAUAUUGAAGAGGCUGCUCCCGCUGACGAACCUGCUAGUAACGGCAGCGAUGCUCAGAAAUGAAUUUAGUGCGUAACCCCCCAAAAAAACUCUCUAUGUACCAACUACCCAACUCUUAGAUUUCAUACAAAUGAUAUUUUUUUUUAGAUGAGAGUAAAAACACUGUGCCUAUUUUUUUUUAUUGUAGUUUUAUUUCUUCUUGAUUAAGAUGGCUUGCUUUCCAUUGUAGAGAGACUGCCUUAUCAUGGAACAGUUUGAAUUCUUUUGUUCAAGAAGAUAACGGACAAAGAGAAGAUUAUUAUAGAGAGUGGGGGGAUGGAUGUCAUGAGUUUAUAAGAUUUUAUGUGCGCAAGGUCACCUUGAGGG